AGCUGAGGAAGACCUUGGGAAAAGUGGUGUGGUCAGGCAGCACGCUCGAGGAGCCAUUCGGGCAGGCUCCAGGUGUUCACCUGCGCCCGUAGUGGUCAUGUAGAAGAGCAGAUUUAAUGUGAAGAUGGGACUGUUGGUGUUUAUGCGUAACCUGCUGCUAGCCCUCUGCCUCUUUCUGGUACUGGGAUUUCUGUACUAUUCUGCUUGGAAGUUGCACCUUCUCAGAUGGGAGGAUUCAAAUUCAGUGGUUCUUUCCUUUGACUCCGUUGGACAUACGAUAGGCUCAGCUUUCCUUGUUGAACAGGAAGGAGAGAGAGAAAAACUGUGGCUAUUGUGCUUCCGCUGUCCAUCCCAUCUCACCCUGCUGCAGACCCAGGAAAAGACAGAGCCCAGAAAGAACCCAAAGAAACAAUGGCAGCUCCAGGCCCAGCCAUUCCUAGUAGAAUAUGACAAAUUGGGCUUUCUCCUGAACCUGGACUCAAAAUUGCCUCCAGAAUUGGCAUCAAAGUAUGCAAAUAUCUCUGAGGGAGUGUGCAAGCCUGGUUAUGCGUCAGCGCUCAUGACUGUCAUCUUCCCAAAGUUCUCGAAGCCGGCACCAAUGUUCUUGGAUGAUUCCUUCAGGAAAUGGGCACGUAUCAGGGACUUUGUACCCCCCUUUGGAAUUAAAGGACAAGAUAAUCUGAUCAAAGCCAUCCUGUCAGCAACCAAAGAUUACCGUCUAACUCCAGCUCUUGACAGUCUCAGCUGCCGGCGAUGUAUUAUUGUGGGAAAUGGUGGAGUACUUGCAAAUAAAUCAUUGGGGUUAAAAAUCGAUGACUAUGAUGUUGUUGUCAGGCUGAACUCCGCUCCAGUGAAGGGCUUUGAAAAAGAUGUGGGUGGCAAGACAACUCUCCGGAUCACAUAUCCUGAAGGUGCAAUCCAGAAAAUGGAGCAGUAUGAGAAGGAUUCCCUGUUUGUUCUGGCAGGAUUCAAAUGGCAGGAUUUCAAGUGGCUGAAAUACAUUGUUUACAAGGAGAAAGUGAGUGCCUCUGAUGGCUUUUGGAAGUCAGUGGCAACUCGUGUCCCAAGAGAACCUCAUGAGAUACGUAUCCUGAAUCCCUACUUCAUCCAGGAGGCAGCUUUCAGCUUCAUCGGGCUGCCUUUCAACAACGGCCUGAUGGGCAGAGGGAACAUCCCCACCUUGGGAAGCGUAGCAAUAACCAUGGCGCUCCACAACUGUGAUGAGGUGGCGGUAGCUGGGUUUGGCUAUGACAUGAGUUCACCCAAUGCACCGCUGCACUACUAUGAGAACAUCAAGAUGUCUGCCAUCAAAGAGUCCUGGACGCACAACAUCCAGCGGGAGAAGGAGUUCCUGCGGAAGCUGGUGAAAGCCCGAGUCAUCACUGACCUAACCAGUGGGAUCUGAGUGGCUGCAGCCACUGCCUCCAAGGGAGGAGACGAAAACACACGCUGCAGCUCUAGGAGCGGGCACUGGCAGCCCCCUGCAAGAAUCCCACCUCACUGAAGACACACAGAGAUGCCCAGGUGCUCUGGGAAGACCCUCUUGCAGUGCCAGUCUGCAUGAGGGUUGCAUCUGCUGCCUCCAGGUCUAGAGCUGGAAGGAGGUGGGCAAGGGGCUGAGUGGGCAGUUGUAGAACUCUGCAUCGCAGACGGAUCUUCUGUGUCCUGAUUUACACAGGAAAGACUCAGGAGAGAGAAGAAAGGUUUGUGAAUAAAACGAUUUGUGCCAAAUGGGAGGUGACGCUGCCCCGAGGCAGCAAUGCCUGAAUGUACAAAGUAUUAUUUUUUAAAAGAAACUCUGCUGGAAUCAUACUAGAAAUACCAAGGUGCAAGGCAUAGUCUGCUUGUGCACAGCCCUGCAAAAAGCCCGGCCUCUCCAUGCUCCAUCUGCGUUGUCACCGGCCUCAGACCUUUCCCCAGGAAAACAAAUCCGUCCAAAACUUUGGUGUCGUUGGUGCUGCUAUAAUUUGAAGGGAGAAUAACGGCUUUCCCUCCUUCUCCACUUGGAGCUUCUGGUUGGAGAUGAGCAUGGGUUUGUUUUUCUGCACUUUUCCUUGCUUCCCACGUAGAGGUGGCAGCAGCAGCCACUUACUCGGCUGCAUUUUCCAUAGCCAUUCGCCCUGCUCUGCCUCUGCCCUGACCCCAAGGUGGAGCGGGGAGCUGGUGGCUUUCUCUGCCUGCAGCAGACCCUCCCCACCUUCCUGCCGGUCAUGGCGCUGAGGAGCCUCGUUGUGCUCAAGGCUUUCAGGCCUCUUGGUUCAUGCCUGCUGUGCAGGGCCCCCGUGGAGUCCACGCAGAUUGGUGUCACUGUUUCUGGACAACAUCUCACUUUAUUUUUGUGUGGGAGAGGAGUAAUUUAUUCUUUGGAAGGAGGUCAGAUCUUGCUCAGAGAUCUGAAGCUUUACAGUUUGAGAGCAGGCCACCGAAGAUGUUUGGUUUAUGUUGCAGAUUCGAUCAUGUUCUCUAUUUAAGCGAUGUGUGGCCUCAGUGAUGAUGGAGCCUGCUGGCACGGGUAGGGGCCUGCUGGGAACCCUCACCCUCUGCUCGGCCCCCUGCUCAUUUCAUUUCCAAGCUCCUCCCGUGCUGCUCCAGCACUGCUGCUGCUCCUGCUCUCAGGAGCACGUCCCUUCCUUUGCCGUUUUGGUCCCAAGAUGCAGUAUUUGCACAUUUGAUUUGUAUACGUAUUUCAGAGGAGCUGGAAUAAACUGAGCAACGUGGCUGAGUGCGAGGACAGCAGGGUCGUCUCCUCCACCUGGAGAGCGUGGGCCCAGAGGGAUUGCCAGGGGAAUGGUUACAGGUGGAAAUCGGCUCCCACACUCUCCUAGCCUGGAUUGGGAUGGUCUGUGCCCACCAUCACUGUCCCAUGCCAAGUCCCUGUGUUUGGAGGCACCAGCCAGUGGAGGGAGGGUCCCGGAGGGGUGCUGCCUGGGCUCACGGUCCUGGCACUGCAUCUGACAUAGGCAGACUGCAAUCCUUGGCCUUGCUCCAAGCUGAAGGGAGAGCGUGGCCCUGACAUGGUCAAGAGAUGCUCAGAGCAGGGCUUGCAUGGUUCCCCUGGGCCACCUUUGCUCCCGCUGACUUGCAGGGGGCUGUGGCUCUGGGGCUGAGACCCCAAAGGGGAUGUGCAGGAGGGGCAGGCAGUGACCCAGGUGUGGGGCAGAGGAGCAAACUGUAUGGAAUGGUUUGAGACCAGGCUGCACCUGCCAGGCAGAGGCAGCUCUCAGGAUGCGGUGCUGGGUGCUGCCCACAGACCAGUGUGGGACAUGCUCCUCAGGAGCCUCUCCUGCUUGGUGCACCCAUAGCCAAUGAGCUCACUCAGGGGCAAGUCCUGUCCACCUGCUGCUUGCCUUAUAGUCUAGGAGCUGCUCAAAGAUCCUGCCUCUUCCAGGCUGCAGAAGACAGAUGCUGGGAGGCUCUCCUUUCCCUUUUCCCUGUCCCUCUGGCCUCCCAGCCAGGUGGUCCCUGCUUCUCUACACGACUGCCCUGGCAGUGCCUCCCAUCAGGAUGCUCUGUAAGGUUUCCAGCAGGUUUUUGAGCAUGUGUUGUGGCAGAUAUGCAUAUGAGUAUUCUACCCCAAUUAGCUUUUCCUGCUCAAGGAGCCUGGGGGACCAGAUUUCCAUGGCUCUUGCCAGGCAACACUCUCUUUGCGGUUCCUGUGUGUCAGCCUGGACCCGGGACUGUUGUCUGUAGACUUCUUGCCAUGGCAGCAGUGGGAGUGCCUGGGCUGGACCUGGCUGAGGUUGUCCCUCUGCCGUGGUGCUUGAACUGGGUCUUUAACCAGCUGCUGUGGGAGCCCUGGGGUGGUGAUGGGCGACAUCUAUAUGCUACAGUUAGAUGAGAUGCCAGAGAGCAGGGUGGCUCUAGCUGGGAGGAGGAAGAGGUGGGUGAAGAGCCUUCAGUGUCUGUACUAGGUUCCUCUCCACCCUCUGGGGGAAGCAUCCCCACGGAGGCUUGUGAUGCCGUUAAUUUGAUUUAGUCCGUUUUAUUGAGCACUACAAAGCUAUGGAGCACCUUUACCUUCCAGCUCACAGGCUCCAGGUCCACGGAGGAAGCGUGGCCCCUGCUCUGCUUUCCCCGGCAGGGAUAGGUCCUGAUGGCAAGAUGUCCCUGCAGACGAGCGAGGUGACUCCAAGCCCUUCCCUCCACCUUGGUGGGGGUCUCCAGGCAGAAAUGCCCAAGCUGAAGAGAUGAGUGCACGGUCCAGGGUGACUCUGGUGGGUCAGGACCUGCAAGUAUAAGGAAAGAGAGGACGGGGAGUUGUUUGGGGGCCAAAGGCCCUAACUCACUCUCCCGUUUGAUGUUGGUGGGACAAGCGCAGCCAUGGAGCAGCCCCGCGGCCGGGCGCUGGGGGUGCGUGCCCCGGGAGCAGGGCGCAGCGCUGGGUUUCGCUCCGGGAUGCUGUUCCUUUGGCUGCCUCCCUGCCUGCACCUGCAGCCACCUCCCGCCCUCCAAAAGGCUGCAGUCCUGCCAGCUCGGAGCGGUGCGCGCGGGUCAGAGCAGGGUCAGUGGGACGGAUGUGAGUCUUGGCCUCUCCCUCGCAGUGACUCACCUUUUCAGCUCGGAAGGGAGAGCCCAGGGGAAUUCUCCACAGCCUAAAUAUAGAGCGGGGUUGCCUGGUGCCUCUGACGCGCCGCGGUGCAGAAAGGCCACUCGGGUGGCAGGGAACCUGCCUAGAGAGAGGCCGGGGAGGUCGAGGAGCCCCGUUCCUCCAACCGGGUUUUGCUCCGGUUGAUGGAGGGAGCGGAUCUGGGGAGCCACAGGGCAGCCAGCGGAUACAGCUCCGGGGGAGAGGGGCUGCCAGAGAGCUGCUGCCACGCUGACCACACCAUGAGCACGGGCUGCUCAUGCACUGGUGCCAUACAGCCCUCCCUGGUGCCCACCACCCCAGCAUCGGGCUCCCUCCACCAGCUUACCUUGUUAUGGCUGGCCAUGCUGUGGCCUCCAGCUCACAUGUACCAAAUGGAGACAGCGCAGUCGGGGAGCAGGAAGUGGCAACAGGAUCCUCUGCAGCCCAGCAUCUCCGAGCUUCCACCAUCUCUGGGCUUCCAGCGUCUGCUUUUCCUGGGAGGGAGCAGCAGGGAAGCCCUACCCCUCCGUGUGGGCACUGCUGGGAGAGGGGGAAGGUGUCAGGACAGGGUUGUCUGUCUGUGUGUGUCAGUCUGGGGCAGGCAGGCUGGGGGUGGGCAGCACCAGGGGUGGGCAAGGGCUUCCAGAGGGCCUGGCAGCGAGGUGGGCGCCAUGGUGAGCUCCAGCAGGACCAGCACGGCACGGGCCAUCGGUACAAGGUGCAUCACACGCAGUGUCAGAGACCUGUCCUUCGGUGCAGGUGACCCAGGCCACUACCCAGCCCCUCUGGGCACCAGCUCCUCGCACAGGGACUCGCUCGAAAGGCCAGUGCACUCGCUGGUACUGUACCAAGCUGAGGUGCAAGAACUCCAUGAGUUUUUAAAAUUAGUUUUAGAUUCUGCAGUUAUUUUUUUUUUUUUUUAAUUUCCCCUCUAGGCAGGGAGGGCAAGAGUCUUGCAGGCUCCUCCAAGCCGGCUUAUGUCACAUCGAUUCAGUCAUAUCACAGAAGCAAUAAAGCUAUCAAACAAGC